GGAGCAGUUCAGAGUUUAGUAAAACGACGUCGGAAGCCGGCGUUCUUGGAUCUGCAACGCGAGUUCGUCAAAUUGUGAUCUCGUUUUGACUGAUCUCCAUGAUCGAAAUCGUUCAAAUUGUAGAGCUAGUGAAGAAGAUAAACAGUGUCAAAGAUCUUUUGAAUCGAAUUCUGAAUGAUGCAUGAUCGGAGAUUAUCAAAGUAAAUUUAUUUUUAUGAAAAUAGAUUUGGCCACACUCUAUCAAACCCAUUAAAUUCACUCCGACGAGGAAGGGACGUCCCCGACGGAAAAGGAAAAGGAUUCCCACUCCAUUGCUCAACAGGUCUGCUUCUCUCUCUCUGGUCGAUUCUCCUUUGGGAUGUUGCCUGAUUAAUUGAUUUUUUGCUCAAACAAAAUUCCCCCUUCGUUCGACGCCACCACUGAUAACCCUGCCGCCGCCGCCUCACUUGGAUAUCGACGAAGGAAGGUCAGUAACCCGUACUUACGAACACAAAUAGUAUGUUGUUCUUCAGUCGAAACCUCAGAAAACAACUACCUGCUUUUUACACAUACACCCAAAAAUGCACCUACGUAGAUGUGUACAUGAAAUGGAAGAAAGACUCAUACUUCGACUCAAUCGAGUCCAUCCACAAAUCCAUUCAGCUCAAACCCUUAAUAGCUCUCAAGAACUGCAUCUCCAUGGCACCCGACGGGUGCGUACCCAUCUGGGCCGUGUCGAAGAGAGACAAAGAGUUAGGGGUACCAGUUAAGGUUGCUAGGUUCUUGAGACAAUACCCAUCUGUAUUUGAGGAGUAUACCGGACCCGAGUACAACCUCCCGUGGUUUAGGCUGACUAGAGAAGCUGUUGAGAUUGAUAGAGAGGAGUGUGAGAUUUAUAGGGAUUGUAAGGGUGAUUUGUUAGGUAGGUUGAAGAAGUUGGUUUUGAUGAGUGGUGAGAAGAGGUUACCAGUAAAGAUAAUUCAGGGGUUGCAGUGGUAUUUGGGAUUGCCGGAUGAGUUUCUGAAAGACCCCGAAAGGAAUCUUGAUGGUUCUUUUCAAGUUGUGGAGAUGGAAGAUGGGUUGAAGGGAUUGGCUGUUGAGAGUGAGAUUAGGGUUCUGUCUGUAAUGCAAAAGAAUGGGAUGAAGAGAGGUGGGUACGGUGGGGGACCGAUGGAGGCAAUGCCGUUUCCAUUUUUUCCACCCAAGGGUUUGAGGAUGAAGCAGAAGAUUUCGGAUUGGUUGUAUGAGUUUCAGAAGCUUCCGUAUGUCUCACCGUAUGAGGAUUAUUUGGGUUUGAGUACUGAUAGCGAUGUUUCAGAGAAACGGGUUGUGGGUGUGCUUCAUGAGUUGCUUAGUCUCUUUGUUGAGCAUUCUGCUGAGAGGAAGAAGCUUCUGUGCCUUAGGAAGUAUCUUGGACUGCCACAGAAAGUUCACAAGGCAUUUGAGCGGCAUCCCCACAUGUUUUAUCUGUCUUUGAGGAACAAGACUUGCACGGCUAUAUUGAAAGAAGCUUACUGUGAUAAGUCAUUUACAGAGGCUCAUCCUCUGUCAACGGUAAGGAAGAAGUACAUCAAUCUAAUGAUGCAAUCGGAGGUUAUUUUGAAACGGAGGAGGAUGAAUAAUCGCCCUGUCGAUAGUCAAAAUGAGCGCCCAAAAUUAGACCUGGAUUACGUAGAAGAGGACAGAACAGAAAUAGUAUAAUCUUGUUCUUAACUGACCUCUUGUUUUGAAUGGAAUCUGAAACCAUACUAUAGCUUAUAAAACCGGGAGGUUAAGAGGUUGGCAAGUGGGAAUAGUCGGAUGGAACUCAGAUCAAGGCAUAUCGACUAACAUCCGAUUGCUUGAUUGAUCAAAGCCAAAGAUUCAAGUCAGUUUGAUUUUUCAUCAAAUGAAGUGAAUAUACGAAGGUUUAGCACAUCAUGUUCUCCUUUCAGCAAAUAUACGCUUGUGUUGGUAUACAUGCAUGUGUGUAUAUACAUGAAUGGAUGGAUGGACUAUCAUCCAUAGUAUGCAGUGAUAUUUAUUUUGCAGCAUCCGUCAGAUUUUGAUCACCAAAGCAAACAUGGUAACAGAAGUUAAAACCACAAUUUACCUUCUCAGACUAAGGGUAGUCCCUUGCUUUCGCAUUAAGGUACAUUUUAAGGGCACAAUAACCCCGUAUCAUUUGAAUGGAUUUUAACUCCAAAGAGUUGGAUGGAGGAUAACAGAUCCGAUGAAUGUGAGGAAUGCAAGUAACUGUUACAAUUCGAGUAACGACUGAUUCUUAGUUUCAGUUGGAUGAAAGUAGGGAGAGUCCAGGAAUUGGAGCCCUUCGGCUUUAUGAUUUUAUGUUACGGUUCACUCUUUUAACUCAUGCAGCAUUUCCCUUUAUCAGAAAAGCUAUGUUUCACAAGAUCUUGCUAUGUCAAAUUUUACUGCAACUUCGUGGAUUCCUGUUGCAGCAGACGCAUCUUUUCCUUUUUGUGAUACUGGUUGGAAGCCAUUGAGCUUGUGUAGCCUGUGUAGGAAUGGAUUUACUGCUGCAUAAUUCUUGCCAUUAGCUAGUGCUUCAUCUAGGUUAUGUAUUUCGUAUUUCCGUC